AUGUCAAGCUACGCUGAUGGACCAGAAAGUACUGAUUCUGAAUUUAAUGAUGUGUUUGAUGCAUAUUUUGAUGACUCGACAAGAAAUUCGGAACUACUGAAAAAGAUUGAUGACUUGGAGACGAAACUAGGACGUCAGAUGGUCGAGAACAGAGAGUUGAGAGUGGCUUUGGGUAUGCAGCAAAACUGCUCCGACCGGCUGCACGAACAACUCCGGGUUCAGCAGACGCAGCACGAAAACGCUAAGGCACACCAUGAAGCGGUGCUGGCGCGUUACGAUAGGAGAGUCGACGCACAGGAAGCGUCAAUUGCGAAGAAAACUGAUGAAGUGGAAAGAUUGGUGCUGGAUCUUUAUAAAGUCAGACGCAAUCUUCUAAUCAAACGAGGCUAUAAUGAGCAGUCACAUAAUGUUGUUCUUCAUGAUAUGGUAGAAGAGGUCAUGAUGGCAAGCCUCUCUAGGAAAAGCGUUACUAGCUCGUACAUUGAUGUUCAAGGAGAUUUGCGAGCUACUCGCACUUUGCUAUUGUCCGAUGACUCGCAUAUAAGCGGUGUUAUGAGGACAUCGGAUGGCAGACCCUUCAGUUCCAUUCGAGACUGCGAGGACAAUGUAUGGAAGGGCGAUUAUGAGGGCUUUUCCAUUGGAUUUGGUCAUCUAACGAUGACCAACACUUGCGGAAGAUUUCUAUUACUGGCUCGGUUCUCGGCCAUGCUGAAAAGGAGUCUAGAUAGGACUUGA